AGGGAGCGCACUGAAAUGGCUUCAUUCUAUUUGGCGCUCUUGGAAGUGUUUUCUAUUGUUGAUAUGUUUGAUUAAAUCUUUUUAACACGGUCCAAAAAAAAGGGAGCAUUUAAAAUUAUUACUAUUAUAGUAUUAUUGAAUUAUACGAAACCACAUUUGCUUCGAUUUCUUCCCAGAAAAAAUGUUGGCUCCAGAUCGGGUCCCAGCAGAGACACGGGCACCAGGUGACAGUGCCGCCGACAUGGUUUUCUGCACGGUGUGUGCUGCCCCCUUCCAGACUGUGACGGAUUGCUUGGCCCACGAGUUGCAGAAGCACAAGAACACAAAAAACACGCAAAAAAAAUUUCGGCAAAAACUCAGCGCCCUAACCAAGCAGUUCGCCAGCGAUCAAACCCAAAGCGAACGCAGCAAGCUGCAGGAGGCUCUUGACAAGACCAGUGACGGCCAGUACCUGGAGACAAUAUUGAAUCUUUAUAAAGCUGACUCGAUACGCCUGAAUCGUACCUUCAGCCACGUGCGCAACUGCUUUGAAAGGGAAGAGGCUCUACAAGUGAAAGUAUUUCCCUUUGGCUCGCUGGUUACCGGAUUGGCUUUAGAUGACAGCGACAUUGACUUGUAUCUGGAGUCUACGAAUGAUCAGUUAUCUUGCCCAAAGCGGCUCUUCAACAAAGUACUGCGGCUUCUGCACCGUUCGAUAUGCUUUACUGAUGUCACAAACAUUCGACAUGCCCGGGUGCCCAUUAUUCGCUGCAAGCAUCAAUUGACAGGCCUCCACAUCGACAUCAAUAUGUCCAAUCCGAACAGCACAUACAAUUCUCGCUUUAUCAGAGAGCUGAUGAACCGCGAAGACAAAUUGCACAAGCUCGCUCUGUUCCUGAAAAUCUGGGGAAAAAAACUUAAAGUCGUUCGAAUGGGCGUCGUCGUCCUCUUCUGGCA